UCGAUAAGUAGAAUAGAGCACGCGCAUUCGAGGGGAUAGAACGAAUUACUACAGCUCUCGUUUGUGUGGAGCGGGAGAAAAGGUCGGCGUGGGCCAGCAAGGAACUGGCUGACUGAGCUGACUCAGAUCAGUCACUUUCCGAACCGAGGGAACAUCUCGUUGCGAUAUGUUGCGCGUGCUAAAGAGCUUUCAUUGCUUGCGACGCUACUCGUCUGCGGCUUUGCCGGCGCCGGAUACAAACCCUCCAAUUCUGUACACUGGUAUAUUCAUUAAUAAUGAAUGGCACAAAUCGAAGAGUCAGAAGACCUUUCCCACCGUUAAUCCCGCCACGGGCGAGGUAAUCGCUGAAGUACAAGAAGGUGAUAGCGCAGACAUUGAUUUUGCGGUACAGGCUGCUAAUAAGGCUUUCAAAAGAAAUUCACCAUGGAGAACAAUGGAUGCUUCUCAACGAGGAGUUCUUUUGAACAGAUUGGCAGAUUUGAUCGAACGCGAUCAGAAAUAUAUUGCGUCCUUAGAAACUUUAGACAACGGCAAACCUUAUUCGUAUGCAUAUAAUGUGGACGUGCUUAUGAGCAUUGCUGUAUUGAGAUAUUAUGCAGGAUGGGCUGAUAAGAAUCAUGGGAAAGUAAUCCCAGCCGAUGGAAAAGUAUUUGCCUAUACCAGACACGAACCAGUAGGAGUAUGUGGUCAAAUUAUUCCGUGGAACUUCCCCAUUUUAAUGGCGGCGUGGAAAUUAGGACCAGCUUUAGCUACAGGAAAUGUUGUUGUUCUAAAACCUGCUGAACAGACCCCAUUAACGGCUCUUUAUAUGGCCCAACUGACUAAAGAAGCUGGAUUUCCCAGUGGAGUGGUCAACAUUGUUCCCGGUUACGGUAAAACCGGUGCAGCAUUAGUUAAUCAUAAUAGAGUCGACAAAAUCGCAUUUACCGGUUCUACCGAAGUCGGCCAAUUAAUAAAACAAAAUGCUGCUAUAAGUAAUUUAAAGAGAACUACGCUGGAAUUAGGUGGGAAAUCCCCUAAUAUCAUUCUUAAAGACGUCAAUGUAGAUAAAGCAGUGGAAACAGCGCAUUUUGGAUUAUUCUUUAAUAUGGGUCAAUGCUGUUGUGCAGGAUCAAGAACUUUUGUUCAAUCGAAUAUUUAUGACGAAUUCGUUGAAAAAAGUGCACUUCGAGCUAAAUCUAAGACUGUGGGAGAUCCAUUUGACUUGAAAAUAGAGCAAGGGCCACAGAUUGACGAGGAUCAGCUAAAUAAAAUUAUGAGUCUGAUACAAUCUGGUAAAAAUCAAGGCGCUAACUUGGUAACAGGUGGCGAACGCAUUGGCGAUAGAGGCUACUUUCUUGCUCCAACGGUAUUUGCAAAUGUUAAAGACGAUAUGACUAUAGCUAAAGAAGAGAUAUUUGGUCCAGUUCAACAAAUCCUAAAGUUCCACGAUUUAGAAGAAGUUAUUGAACGCGCUAAUAAUACCGAUUAUGGAUUAGCUGCUGCAGUUUUAACGAAUGAUCUUAGUAAGGCGAAUUAUAUAGUGCAAGGUCUUCGUGCUGGUACUGUAUGGAUUAACACAUAUAAUACGAUAAUUCCUCAAGUGCCAUUUGGUGGCUUCAAAAUGUCAGGACAUGGCAGAGAACUUGGAGAAUAUGGUCUUGAGGCAUACACGGAAGUAAAAAGCGUAAUUGUUCAACUUGAACAGAAAAAUUCAUAAAUGGUUGUCAAAUUCUUAUUAAAGAAUCAUUUUAUAAGCAUUUUGAACAUUU